AUGAUUAUUACUCUUAUUAUCAGAAGAGAAAAUAUUUUGUUGUUCGGGAAUACGGAGUAUGGGAGGGAAAGACUGCCAUUCAAUGAACUGGAAAGUCAAGCGGUUGGGGUCGACAUCCGUAUGGGAAUCGAUGGCUGGCACUACCGAAAGCUUAGCCGUCCGGCAGAUGCCACGCACGCCCAGCCGUACGUCCAAGAGAUGAUAGAAGUGUCAACAGAUGAGUCGCAAUCCUAUCAUCCGGUGAUCCCAACCACUUCUGGACAUACUCAUGAGACAAAUGAGCCGACGAUAAUUGAAACCACAUCUUCAUCGACACGACUGUCCAAUUCAUGUCCAGUGCUGUCAACUAUGAAUGGACAGGACGUUCCCAUCAAACCUCAGAUGAGACUUAAA